CUUUUUCUUAGGACUAUGUAAACUAUAGUCAAAAUUCAACAAUCCUGGACGCACUACCAAUAUAGAAGAACUCAAUAUCUAACUUGACCUGCGGCGAUAGGAAAAUUCAAUAUGGUAUCCAUGCUGCGUUGUUAAUUCUUCGAAUUUACAGAAAAAAGCCAUGAAUAGGAGAAAAUCAAUGUGUCUAUUGUUCGGGUUGAUCAUAUUUGUCUCAGUAUACAAUCACCUUGACCAUUUAGUUGAUACAUUUUACUAUUUAAAAAAUGAGUUUUGUUUUGAAGGCGAUGAAAUUUUUCCUACGGAAUUUCCUCCCAAAUCAACUCAGAAGACAAACACAACUCGUGUUUUACUUUACACAAACUUUUUCAACGAUAAAUAUUGGCCGUAUUUCCAAAAUAGUUAUCACUUUAACCCCAAGUGUGGAUGUAACUUUACAAAAUUCGAACUUGUGCACGAUAGAACAACAUUUUUAGAAUGUGACAUUAUUAUAUUUCAUGGAAGAAACAUGCCUUGUGUAAAGACUCUCACAAAACUACACAAACAAAGAAGGCCGCAACAACUUUGGGCAUAUUUCAUUCUGGAGAAUCCAACGUACGAUGAUUAUGUAAAGCCGGUAGAAAAAUUCUUUAACAUGUCAAUAAGUUACCGUUUGGAUUCAGAUGUGUAUUAUCCAUACAGGAGACACUUCCCUCGCAAACAGCCUGUUAUUAGCACUGAAAUGAUAAAUUAUGCUAAAGGGAAAACCAAGCAAGUAGCCUGGCUUGUGAGUAGUUGUGGAAGAAUGCGGGACCAGUUGGCACAUAAACUGAUCAAUUACGGUAUAAAAGUCGAAGUACAUGGAAAGUGUGCCAAGCAAUUUAAAUACCAGUUCAACUGUGCAUCUAAACAGUGUGAUAGAGAACUUGGAGAUUUUAAAUUUUAUCUUGCUGCUGAGAACACCUUAUGUAAUGAUUACAUCACGGAGAAAUAUUGGGAAAGGGGAAUUAAUAAUAACGCAAUACCUAUAGUUUUUGGAGGUUCCAAUUACUCGAAUCCAAAUCUAGUAAUACCUGGUUCAUUUAUUGAUGCAAUGAGUUUAAAUAGUGUCAAGGAUUUAGCAGAGUACAUUAAGGAAGUUGACAAUGAUGAUGAUAAGUUUAAUUCCUACUUUGAGUGGAAGAAAUAUUGGGGUUUUGAACAUCCCAAUGGUUGUGAUCAUUUUUAUCAGCAACUGUGUGAAAGAAUGCACACAAGACGAGACAGAACACUUUCUUCUUAUAUCAAUCAUGAUGAGUGUAAAGCAAAGACAAUUUUUUUCAAAUCCUGGAUCAACAGAUAAAUCACUUUUAGUUUUUCUGUUUAUUGUUUUAAAUUUUACCAAUUAUAUUUUUAUGUUCCUAUGAUCUUUUUAAAUUUAUUUUUCGUAUUUUAAUAUUUUUAUUUAUCUAUAAAUUUUUGAAGUUCUACAUUGAUAUACGAUUACAAUUUUUUAUAGAAUUUGGACGUCGUUUAGUUUAGCACAGGGAUCUAUAUAAUAUGGUGAUUAAUAAAUUUUAUAACAUUUGGCGAGGAUUUAAAAAAUGUUUUUUUAAAAAAAAUGAGAAUAAACGUAUAUAAAUAUAUAUAAACACAAGAUUAAAACAUUUUUCUUUUCUUAAUUAAAAAAAACCUAUUUUUUAAAAAAUUUUUGCGAACGGUAAAUUGUAUUAAAUUUGGCGGAUAUUUAAUUUAGCGAAUUUCGCCGAAUUUAAUCCUCGCCAAAAUUUAUCCACUUAAGGUAGUCCCUUGAGAUAAUGUAAUGUGUAUGUGUUGUGAAGGAUGGUAAAUAAAAAUACAAUUUUUCUGACUCCAUUGUUAGCAUGUGAA